AUGAAUGCUAGACAUGUAUUCAUUGUUGUGUUGGUUGGGUCAGCUAUAUUCAUAACUAUGUAUUUUGGGAAUUUAGAGACAGUUCCAUAUACCAAGAGAAGCCACUGGAUUUUGUUAUCUAAAGCCAUGGUGAGGCAACUUGGGGAGGCUGAAUUCGAGAAACAGAAGGCGAGUUUCAAGGGAAAGAUCUUGCCUGCCAUACACCCUCGGAGUGUGAGGAUAAGGAUGAUAUCAAUAGAAAUCAUUGAUACCUUGCAGAGAGGGUUGAGCAAGGAACAAGUUUGGAGUGAUGUUGGUUAUGUCACAGGGUUUGAAGGGGAUACUGAGGAGACUUUGAAAUCGUUGACUAAUGCUAGUGCUUAUUGUAAGGCAGAGAGUGGUUGGCACAAGGAAGAUGAAAUCCUUGAUGACAGUUGGGUUCAGCAAAGUAGAAAGAAAGGGCCAGCUACCUGUCAUCUCAAUGGAUUGAAUUGGGAGGUGCUUGUUGUCAAUGAUUCGGUUGUCAAUGCCAUUUUGCUACCUGGUGGUAAGAUUGUUGUAUACAACGGAUUGUUAGAGCAUUUUAAAAGUGACGCUGAGAUUGCCACUAUAAUUGGACAUGAGGUUGGGCAUGCUGUGGCCAGACACAUCGCUGAAGGUUUGACGAAGACCUUGUGGUUUGCUAUCCUGCACUUGAUUCUUUUUCAAUUUGGCUCCCGUGAUAUUGUGAUCGUCAACACAAUGGCUUCUUUUUUCUUGAGGCUACCAUUCUAUCGACGGAUGGAAAUGGAAGCUGAUUACAUUGGCCUGCUCUAUUCCGCCGGAUAUGAUCCACAGGUGGCGCCCACAGUGUAUCAGAAACUGGGAGAAGUCAACGGUGACUCGGCACUUAUGGAUUAUUUCUCCACUCAUCCAUCUCAAAGAAAGAGAGCAGGGUUGCUCUCCCAGGCCAAAAUAAUGGAAGAAGCAUCCACUAUAUACAAGAAUGCUAGGUCUGGAAGAAGUAUUGAAGGAUUUCUUUAGCAGAACUUAUAUUGCCACACCAGAAUCAACAAAGAACCUGUAGAUGAAACUUAAAAGAAUUCUGUUUUGGCCAAAAGAAAAGCUAGGGAAUUUUCUGUAUGAUGAAAUUUUGAACAAUUUAGUUUCAUAGAUAGAUGUUUGUUAUGUAAAGUGUUAAUUGUACAGCGCUUCAAAAGAAAAUUAAUGAUUAGAUCAUCUGAUGUAACAUCUCAAAGGUAUUUCUAAGGUAGAAGUGACUAUUUUUUCAUUGCUCA